AUGGACGGGGUAGACCUAGACCACCUCCCCUACUCGCCGUUGGUGCCAUACAACGGCACCGGCAGCCUCGGCGGCGACCCGUUGGAGGAAAACCUCAACAUCUGGUACGAGUCGGGCGACAUUGCCUUCAUCAUCUUCUCGACAGCCCUCGUGCUGCUCAUGAUUCCGGGCGUAGGACUCUUCUACUCCGGCCUAGCCCGCCGCAAAUCCGCUCUCUCCCUCAUCUGGCUCUCCGUCAUGUCCGCCGCCGUCACCAACUUCCAGUGGUUCUUCUGGGGCUACUCCCUUACCUUCUCCCGCUCCGGAAGCCGCUUCAUCGGGGACCUCUCGCACUUCGCCUUCCGUGACCUGCUCGCGGCUCCCUCGGUCGGCUCCCCGCGCGUCCCGGAUCUGCUGUUCGCCGUCUACCAGGGCAUGUUCUCUGCGCUGACCGUCGCCCUCGUCACCGGCGCGGUUGCCGAGCGCGGACGCAUGCUACCCUGCGUCGUGUUCAUGUUUAUUUGGAGCACUGUCGUGUAUGACGCCAUUGCCUGCUGGACAUGGAAUCCGAAUGGGUGGUCGAAUCGCAUGGGCGGGUUGGAUUUUGCCGGCGGCACGCCCGUACAUAUCGCCAGUGGCGCCGCCGCCCUGGCGUACUCUAUGAUGUUGGGUAAGAGGAGGGGGCAUGGCACGCAUGAGUUGAAUUACAGGCCGCAUAAUGUCACGCAUAUUGUGGUCGGGACGGUGUUCCUCUGGGUUGGGUGGUUUGGGUUUAAUGCCGGUUCGGCGCUGGCGGCGAAUAUGAGGGCGAUCAUGGCGGCCGUUGUGACCAACCUCGCUGCUUGUGUCGGCGGUGUUACCUGGUGCUUGUUGGAUUAUCGUCUGGAGAGGAAGUGGUCAACUGUUGGCUUCUGCUCGGGCGUCGUAGCCGGCUUGGUCGCCAUCACCCCUGGCUCCGGCUUCGUCCCCGCCUGGGCAGCCGUUCCUUCCGGCGUGCUAGGCGCUGCCUUCGCCAACUACGCGACUAAACUCAAGUUCCUCCUCGGCGUCGACGACGCCCUCGACAUCUUCGCCGUGCACGGCGUGGGCGGCCUGGUCGGCAACCUCUGCACGGCCUUCUUCGCCGACAAGAGCGUCGCCCGCCUAGACGGCAUGAGCAACCCCAUCGGCGGCGGCUGGCUCAACCAGCACUGGAUCCAACUGCCCAUCCAGCUGGCCGACUCGUGUGCUGGUGGCGCAUAUUCGUUUGUCAUGACGUGUCUGAUUCUGCUCUUGAUGAAUCUGAUACCCGGGCUGCAUCUCAGGGUUGAGGAGGCGGCUGAGAUUGUGGGUGUGGAUGAUGCUGAGAUUGGUGAAUUCGCAUAUGAUUUUGUGGAGUUGACGAGAGAGGUAGUGGUCGAUGUUGAUGCGACCGUGGCGGGGAGCUCGAAUAGGGGUAGUGGAGGGUUUGGGUAUGGGGAGAGCGCUAGCAUGUUCUCGAAUGGCGAGCGCGAGCAGGCUGGGCAGUACUUUAAGGAGUCGAGGAUGUAUCAGGUUGGGAUAGCGCGGUAG